AUGAUAAACCGUUCGACGGGCAAGGCCCCAUUCCAGAUCGUAUACACAAAGGCGCCCAAUAUAGUUAUUGACCUCUCCAAUGUACCCAAAUGCCAUUCACCUGCCGCCGCUUCUUUCUCGGAGGAUUAUUCCAAGAUGCUUGCUGAGAUUAGGCAACAACUCAUCAAGUCAAACAGCCGUUACAAAGCCGCUGCAGACGUGCACUGCAAGGAGUGCCUAUUCCAGGUUGGGGAUUUGGUGAUGGUUCGUCUCCGUCGCGAACAGUUCCCACCGGGAACCUACUCCAAGUUAGCCAAGCGCAAACUUGGCCUAGUACCUAUUGUUGCCAAAAUCAAUGACAAUGGAUACAAUAUUGGGUUGCCGGCUGAUUGUAACACGUCCUCCACCUUCAAUGUGGCUGAUCUUUCUCCAUACAAGCCAGCGGACGACGCCGUUGUUCUUAUUAGCUCGUCGGAGUCGAGCUCUUCUGAAGCUGGGGAGGAUUGA